AUGUUCUCCUUGAAUCUGAUGAAUGUGGGUUUUGAACUACUGUAUUUGAUUAAAUUUUUAGACCAAAAUUUCUGAUGAAGAACUGGAUUUGAUCCGAGAGCGAGAAAUGAAUCGAGGACCUCACAAAGAUCUCGUCAAUAUGCAAAUUCGAGGAGUCCGGAUCAUAUUUAUGUGAGGGAUUACUGUAGUUUUAAUUAAAUUUUUCUUCCGUAGAAACUUACUGAUUUUAGAGAUGAAAUAGUGAAGCAACUGGAAUGCGAAGCCACUGCCAGAUGGCCUCAGAGAACAAGGGAACCCCCAGAAAUCAUCGACAAUCUCCUCAAAUAA